UUUUGGGGUACGCGUAACACUACACUUCUGGGAACUUCGUUUCUUCCGCGAAAGCAAAACGGAGCUCCAGUGCAGAGAAAACCCUAGAAAACCAUCGUCUUCCACCGACUACAUAAAUCCUGGUUUCUUUCUCCGGAGCCAAUCCUCCAACGAAUUCGGAGAUCGGAUUCGGGGGCACCAGAUUCUCGUUUCCUCUUCGAUCGCUCAAUUGAGGUCGUAGAAGAAACCGUGGCUAUUGGGAGAAAUCUGAAGUGAUUCACUUAGAUACUACUUCCCUGCUUUGCCCAGGAAUUUGACACAGAAACUCUAGUAGCAGUUAUUCCUUGACACCAUACAAAAAUGAAAGAAUUCCUUGACCUUGAAGCACAGGACGGUGUCCGGAUGACCUGGAAUGUGUUUCCUGGCGCAAAGCAGGAUGCUGUCAGCUGUGUGAUCCCUGUAGCUUCAAUUUAUACUCCUCUCAAACCCAUUCCUAAUGUGCCUGUUCUCCCGUACUCCCCCCUUCGCUGCCGAAUGUGCCGUGCUAUCUUGAACCCUUUUUCCAUUGUCGACUACAUAGCCAAGAUCUGGAUUUGUCCAUUCUGUUUUCAGCGCAACCACUUCCCUCAGAACUACUCUUCCAUUUCUGAAGACAACCUUCCUGCUGAGCUCUUCCCUCAAUAUUCCACCAUUGAGUAUGAAUCCAACCCUGAGACAGGACCCACUGUGCCACCUGUCUUUCUCUUUGUGGUUGACACGUGUAUGAUAGAGGAGGAAAUUGGUUUUUUGAAGUCCGCGCUAGCCCAGGCUGUUGAGCUCUUGCCGGAGAAAUCCCUUGUUGGGUUGAUUACGUUUGGGACUUACGUGCAGGUUCACGAGUUGGGUUUCGGCCUGUUGCCUAAAUCCUAUGUGUUCAAGGGAACAAAGGAGGCGACCAAGGAACAGAUUCUGGAGCAAAUGUGCUUCUUCACCAGGAAACCAAGGCCCGCUGUGGGGGUGAUUGCUGGUACCCGCGAUGGACUCUCAGCAGAGAGCAUCGCUAGGUUUCUUUUACCUGCGUCAGAAUGCGAGUUUGUAUUGAAUUCAGUUAUAGAAGAACUUCAAAAGGAUCCUUGGCCUGUACCAGCAGAUCAACGCGCAUCAAGAUGCACGGGUGCUGCAUUGAGUGUUGCAGCUAGCCUUUUAGGGGUGUGUGUUCCUGGCUCAGGGGCAAGGAUUAUGGCAUUCGUAGGUGGUCCAUCCACUGAAGGACCCGGUGCUAUUGUAUCCAAAACUUUAUCUGAGCCAAUUCGCUCACACAAAGAUCUGGAUAAAGGUUCGGUUCCACUUUAUAGUAAGGCUGUCAAGUUCUAUGAAGGGCUUUCAAAGCAGCUUGUGCAUCAAGGGCAUGUGCUGGAUUUGUUUGCAUGUGCACUUGACCAGGUUGGUGUGGCAGAAAUGAAAGUUGCAGUGGAGAGGACGGGGGGAAUUGUUGUUCUUGCAGAAAGCUUUGGCCAUUCUGUUUUCAAGGAUUCACUCCGCCGCAUUUUUCAGUCAAGUGAGCAUGACCUAGGUCUAUCCUUCAAUGGUGUAUUUGAAGUUAACUGUUCAAAAGAUGUCAAAGUUCAGGGCAUUAUUGGACCAUGUGCUUCACUUGAGAAGAAAGGUCCUUUGUCCUCGGAAACAGUUAUAGGUCAGGGAAAUACGAGUGCUUGGAAGAUGUGUGGUCUCGACAGGAAAACAUCUCUUUGCUUAGUAUUUGACAUUGCAAGAAAAGAUGGUCCCGAUGCAAUUGGCCAACCGACAAGCAAUCAAUUUUAUUUCCAAUUUUUGACCUAUUACCAGCAUCAUGAGGGUCAGAUGAGGUUACGUGCAACUACGCUUUCCAGAAGAUGGGUUGCUGGACCUGGUAGUGUACAGGAGUUGGUAGCUGGUUUUGACCAAGAAGCUGCUGCUGCAGUAAUGGCACGAGUAGUUUCCUUUAAAAUGGAAACUGAGGCUGAUUUUGACCCCGUUAGAUGGCUUGAUCGAUCUCUGAUCCGUUUGUGCUCCAAAUUUGGAGAUUAUCAGAAAGAGUCUCCUUCCUCUUUCAGUUUAUCCCCGCGCCUAUCUAUAUUUCCUCAGUUUAUGUUCAAUUUAAGGCGAUCGCAGUUUGUCCAGGUUUUCAACAACAGCCCAGAUGAAACUGCGUAUUUCAGGAUGAUGCUGGAUAGGGAAAAUGUGAAUAAUGCAGUCGUCAUGAUCCAACCUUCACUUAUAUCGUACUCAUUUCAUUCAGCCCCGGAGCCUGUACUCCUGGAUGUAACUGCAAUUGCUGCUGAUAGGAUACUUCUCUUGGAUUCGUAUUUUACUAUUGUAGUAUUCCAUGGGAUGAGCAUCGCACAGUGGCGAAAUGCUGGUUACCAAAGUCAACCAGGACAUGAGGCAUUUGCUCAAUUGCUUCAAGCUCCACGGGAUGAUGCUGAUGCAAUUAUUAAGGAGCGGUUUCCUGUACCUCGUUUAGUCAUUUGCGACCAACACGGUUCCCAGGCUCGGUUCUUAUUGGCGAAAUUAAAUCCUUCAGUUACAUAUAAUUCGGAUAAUCCUCCCCCGCACGGCGGGGAUGUCAUAUUCACGGAUGACGUGAGCUUCCAGGUCUUCAUGGAUCAUCUCCAGCGAUUGGCGGUUCAGCAGGCAUACAGCUAGUUCCGCUAACUGCCAAAUUUUGUACCAUUGUUGUCUCUUAUAUCUCUCUGUACAGUUGUGCAACCGUAUUCUUCUGUUUGAUCCCAUUAUUGACCUAGCAUUUAAGCUUGUAACGAGGUUGGAUUUGUUUUUUAAAAAUUUUUUUAUCGCUUUCGUAAGUGGCACAGACAUGCGGAGUCUGUUUUGCCCGGCCGAUUUUCAAAGUGGUAUGAAUUUUUUGGGUGGUUGUCAUGUUACCGUGAAACAUGUGGUGUAAAUCUCGAUUUCGUAUUCGUGAAAUGACAUCAUAGCUUUGAUUACA